ACAACUCAUCGAACCCACCAACCAAAAAACACAAAAAGCUCGACCUUUCUCUAUAUUCUCGAUCUGCAAGAGAGAGAGAGAGAGGGAAUGGCGAUUCAGGAAUAUAGAGAUGCGGAGAGGGGUGAGAUAGCAAAUGGGGCUGAGGAUUUGGAGAAGCCAUUGAUGAUGGCGGCGAAGAAAGUGGUGGAAGACGAUGAGAGUAGCGUUGAGAUUGAGGAAGAACAACGAAAUGGGUCUGUGUCGAUGGUCCUGUUGAGCACUUUUGUUGCUGUUUGUGGAUCCUUUGAGUUCGGAUCUUGCGUUGGAUACUCUGCGCCGACUCAGUCUGCCAUUAGGCAAGAUCUCCAUCUCUCCCUCGCAGAGUUCUCCAUGUUUGGCUCCGUACUGACAAUUGGCGCCAUGCUUGGUGCUGUUACAAGUGGGAGGAUCUCUGAUUUUUCAGGCCGAAAAGGGGCCAUGAGAACGUCUGCAUGCUUCUGCAUCACAGGGUGGCUUGCUGUAUUCUUCUCCAAGGAGGCUAUGUUACUUGACAUUGGAAGGUUCUUCACCGGAUAUGGUAUUGGGGUUUUCUCGUACGCGGUCCCCGUCUACAUUGCCGAGAUCUCCCCAAAGAACCUCAGAGGAGGACUCACAACACUCAACCAGCUCAUGAUCGUGAUCGGCUCGUCGGUUUCUUUCGUGAUCGGAGCUCUCAUAACGUGGAAAACCCUCGCCCUCACCGGUCUUGUUCCAUGCCUGGUUCUUCUCUUUGGCCUCUGUUUCGUCCCCGAGUCCCCCAGAUGGCUAGCGAAGGUCGGCCGGGAGAAAGAGUUCCAUAUCGCGUUGCAGAAGCUUCGUGGGAGAGAAGCGGAUAUAACCCGCGAAGCAGCUGAGAUCCAAGUGUCGAUCGAAGCCCUCGAGAUUCUUCCCAAAGCAAGAAUCCGAGAUCUAGCCUCGAAGAAAUACGUUCGUCCUGUCAUCAUUGGAGUGGCGCUGAUGGUGUUCCAGCAGUUCGUGGGCAUUAACGGGAUUGGAUUCUACGCUAGCGAAACAUUUGUGCAAGCGGGUCUUUCUUCUGGUAAACUUGGAACCAUCGCUAUAGCUUGUGUUCAGAUCCCAAUCACCGUUCUUGGAACAAUAUUGAUCGAUAAGUCGGGAAGACGUCCCCUUAUAAUGAUUUCAGCUGCUGGUUUAUUCGCAGGCUGCGUCCUGACGGGCACAUCUUUCUACCUCAAGGGACAAGGCCUGUUGCUUGAAUGGGUGCCAGUCUUGGCUGUAGGUGGUGUAUUGAUCUACAUAGCCGCGUUCUCCAUCGGGAUGGGACCUGUUCCUUGGGUGAUAAUGUCAGAGAUAUUUCCGAUCAAUGUGAAGGGGAUAGCAGGAAGCUUGGUGGUACUGGUGAACUGGUCUGGUGCUUGGGCUGUUUCCUACACUUUCAACUUCCUCAUGAGUUGGAGCUCUCCAUGUACAUUCUACAUGUACUCCGCUUUCGCGUUGAUGACAAUUCUCUUCGUGGGGAAGAUGGUGCCUGAGACAAAAGGAAAGACGCUCGAAGAGAUCCAAGCUUGCCUUCGCAGAGAAACAGUGGCAUAAACCAAGAUCCGAUCUAUUGUCCUGAGGGAAUCAGAAACCAAAUUCUCUUUCUGUCUUUGGCCGGAGAAUCGAUUAAUGGCUCGAUUAAUCGCCGGAGAAAUCGGAAAACCGUUGGAAGUCGUGAAGAUUCCGAAGGCGUCGGCGUGUUUGGAGCUUUUUGUCUGAAAUGAUUUAUUGUAGUUUAGUUUUGUUUCAGUGGUCCCUUUGUUCUUUUUGUUAGGUUUCACAGAGGAAUAAAACAUCAACAGCUGGCUUCUUCUUC